UUAUAGGUAUUUUUCCAUUAUUUUGGUUAAGUGUAUUACCAUUUGUACUCCUUUUCCUAUCUACAAUUAAACAUGUUAUCUAUUUUGUGUAAUGCCGAUGAAAGUAUUUCUCUGUGGGCGAUGAGAUUAAAAAGACUGAGUGCUUUUUCCAUGUACAUACACCUCGAAAAUUGAUAAAUAGCCAAGGCUUGGUGAACACACAGUGCAGUUUGCGUAAACAGUGCUCUAGUAAGGAAAUAUUAGUUUACUUUCCGAAAAAUGGAUACUGGCGGUAUAAUUCCCGAUAUUAUCGACACCAAACCGGGCGCAAUCGCUAAGAUAACAUAUGGCGGCGGUGUUACAGUUGAAUUGGGUAAAGAACUUACGCCAACACAGGUUAAGGAUCAGCCUGAAGUCACCUGGGAGGCAGAGGAAGGAGCUUUAUACACUCUUUUAAUGGUUGAUCCCGACGCACCAUCACGUCAGGAGCCAACAUAUCGUGAAGUUUUACACUGGCUUAUAAUUAAUGUGCCCGGAAAUAAAGUGGCCAAUGGCCAAGUUGUUGCAGAGUACAUUGGUUCCGGACCACCAGAGGGAACUGGCUUGCAUCGUUACGUAUUUCUCGUUUUCAAGCAAAGUGAAAAAAUCACCACCGACAAAUUCAUCUCAAAAACUGCUCGUGAAGGCCGUCUAAGCAUUAAGACCCGUGAUUACAUCGCCAAAUUCAAAUUGGGUAACCCCAUUGCUGGUAAUUAUUACCAAGCCCAGUAUGACGAUUACGUUCCUAUUUUGAAGGCCCAAUUGAAGUAAAUAUCUCAAAUUGAAUAUAAUAAAAGCAGCUAGACGCCAUAUAAGGAUACUGUUUCAUGUACAUAUGCAUAUACAUAUAUUAGAAUAAAAAACAAAUAAGAACGUACAACAGUAAUUACUCUUUCU